CGAGUUCUGUUCACGUUUUUAGUGGAGAGACUUCUCCAUGGGCUUUUUCAACAUUCUCAGGCUUGCACUGGCAGAUGCCGCGAAAUGUGCUGUGUGUACCAUUCGCACCGACGGUGGUGGUGGAGGGGGGAUGGCGAAACAGUUUCCUCGGACUUUUUCAAUGUUGGAAGGUGAUCUAAACGUGCCACGAGGGAUUGAUUUAAACGGCAUCUAGAUAACGAUAAACGAACACAUGGUGGCGACAGGUCUUCCUUCAGGAUGGGUAAUCAAGAUGUCCCGCUCCCAUAACAGGGAGUACUACUACAACCAAUCUACAAAGGAAUCCGUAUGGGAACCACCCGCAGGCACGGAUCUGGAGCAGCUGAACAAGUAUCACAACCAGCCAACCAAGGUCAGAGCAAGCCAUCUGCUGGUGAAGCACAGUGGGUCAAGACGCCCGGCGUCUUGGAAAUCAGAACACAUCACAAGAUCAAAACAAGAGGCAAUUGACAUCCUGAAACAGCACCAGCAGAGAAUACUCAACGGUGAGGCAACGCUGGAGCAGAUUGCCACCACGGAAUCGGACUGCUCAAGCGCAAAGAGAGGCGGUGACUUGGGAUUCUUCGAAAGAGGUCAAAUGCAACCUGCUUUCGAGGAAGCUGCAUUUGGCUUAGACGUUGGUGAGAUGAGUGACAUUGUGGAGACAGACUCCGGUGUUCAUUUAGUGCUGAGAACAGCUUAA